AUGGCUGAUGCUUGGGGAAACAAUGGCCAGAUGGGCCAGCUAGGCCAGUUCCCUUUGGAGCAAUGGUUCUAUGAAAUGCCGCCAGUGACUCGAUGGUGGACGGUAGCCACCGUGGCGACCUCCGUGCUUGUGCAUUGCAAUAUCGUCAAUGAGCUUCAGCUCUUCUACAGUUUCCGCGCAGUCUACGCCAAAUCACAAUACUGGCGCCUCUUCACAACCUUCCUCUACUUUGGCCGACUAGACCUCGACCUCAUCUUCCACGUGUUCUUUCUCCAACGAUACUCACGCCUCGUGGAGGAAUCCUCCGGCCGGUCGCCAGCACGAUUCGCCUGGCUGAUCUUCUACGCGACCAGUCUUCUACUGAUCAUCUCGCCUUUCCUCUCCCUGCCCUACCUGGGUUCCGCAUUGAGCUCAUGCCUGGUUUAUAUCUGGGCGCGACGUAACCCCGACACUCGCUUGAGUUUUCUGGGACUGAUGGUGUUUCCAGCACCCUACUUGCCCUGGGUGUUGAUGGCGUUCAGCCUCCUUCUUCACAAGAUCGUGCCCAAGGAUGAGAUGCUCGGGGUGGCGGUCGGUCAUGUCUGGUACUUCUUCAAUGACGUGUACCCCCCCUUACACGGCGGACAUCGGCCUUUGGAUCCUCCUUCGUGGUGGCGUCGGCUUUUCGAGACCCAGUCAACUAGGGCACAGGGCCGUCCUGUUGACAAUCAUCGGGAAGGACAUGAUGUUCCUGCUGCAAUUGCACAAUGA